CUUCACAUCACAUCCCAUCCCACAUCCGUGCCGCAUACUGGCGUUUGCUCGGAUUGAGCGGAAGUCUUGCCCCGCCCUCCGACGGUGUGACUGUAACCCACCUGAGAGAAAGAGACUUACAUAGUAGACGCCAGCCGUUGAUUGCAUAUUCUUUGCUUUCCCUUCCUUGGCAAACGAGCAAAUACGUUUAGACCUAGAUAUAUCAUAUAGGUUUAGCCAUCUUCACCUUCAACUGGUCUCCGAACAGCCAAUGGCUAGGAAGAACGUCAAGCCAGCUGCUACCAUGUCUAAUGAGCAGACCCCGUUGUUAAAGCGUGACGGCCACGUCGUUGAGAACGAGACGCCGGCAGGUAUUCCCGCACCCCGGUCCCGCGAUGCUACCUCCGAACCACGCCGUCCGCCGCAGGCCAUAGCCCACCGAGGCUACAAGGCUCUGUUUCCCGAAAACACGAUGCUGGCGUUCCGCGCCGCUGUCGAGGCCGGCGCGCAUGCUAUCGAGACCGACCUGCAUUUGUCCAAGGACGGCGUUGUCGUCUUGAUGCACGACCCUAAGCUUAAGCGCUGCUACGGCGACGACUCCAAAGUCAAGGACCACGACUGGAGUUCCUUGAGCAAAUUGCGCACGGUGCGCGAGCCCCCGCAGCCUAUGCCUCAGCUCGUCGAGCUGCUGGAGUAUCUGAAUCAGCCCGAGCUGCAGCACAUUUGGAUCAUGCUUGACAUCAAGAGAGACGACGACCCAGCCACGAUCAUCCGGCGAACGGCGGAAACACUGGAUUCGGUGCCGGGGAUUCGGCCGUGGCACGAGAGGGUGCUCCCCUGCUGCUGGACUGCGGAACACGUAAAGCUAAGCAAGGAAUUCCUACCUAAAUAUCCGCUCGCGCACGUAGGCUUCUCAACCACAUAUGCUCGGGCUCUGGCAAAGCACGAGCCUAGUCUGUCGAUUAGUAUGUUAUACCACUCCCUGGCGCUACCGGUUGUCGGCGCGCGCUUCAUCCGGGAGGUGAAGGAGGCGGGACACCCGCUGCAUUCCUGGACCGUGAAUGAUGAGGACCGUAUGGAGUGGUGUGUGCGCAACGGGCUCAACGGCGUGGUUACGGACGACCCUAAGUUAUUCCUUGAGGUGGCUAAACGCGUCGCGGAGGAGGAGAAGGUGAAAAAUGAGGGCGCGGCGGUUAGUAGGAGGCCGUCUGGUGUGCCUCUGUCUGCGCGCGCAUGGCGCGUUUUCGAGUGGACGCGGUAUAUACUCGGCAUGUUGAUCGUCGUGAAUAUUUACCUCUUCAAACACGGGUUGCCGUGGACACAGGUGCCGAAGGCGUUGGGGAAGUAAGUAAUGGGUAUCAGCUCUACUUCUACGCGUUCGUAUUUAGGAGUCGCUUCGUUGGGUUAUGUAUAGACGGUAAUGGCAGGAAGAGGGGAUGAAAGAUAGAUAUAUAGAUAUUUGAGAUAGGGCUGGCGAUAUACGUCAGUAUGUUUAGAUAUGGUAGUUAGGUAGUUAAUGGGGGGUGAGCCUGAGUUCGACUUUGGACUGGGUUAUCCUACGUAUCCCUUGGGGUUAAUGGCAGAGUUUCGUAAGACGUGGGGUGGGGACUUGGGAUAGAGAUAGGAAGGGGGAGUGUGUUGGUUGAAGAAUAUAGUGAUCUUGUCUUAUUAACAAGAUGUAUAAUAGAAUUGGGGCACAUUCUAGGCGGAAUGUACAUAUACUCUUACUUUCGAUGAUGAAAUAUUGACGGGUCAUAUUAUAACUUGGCAUAAUACUAGAGUCGAUAGUCUAUAGGCUGUUAGAGAUAUGCGAAAGUUGUAGCCAACAUUAUCACACAGUUUCUGUUGAACACAACCACGUCGUAUA